AUGGUUAGCUAUUCACAUGACCCGGAAAAGACCACAAAUUCAUGUAAAUCAAGAGGUUCAAAUCUUCGUGUUCACUUCAAGAAUACAUGUGAAACUGCCCAGGCCAUCUACGGUAUGCAUAUCCAAAAAGCCACCAAGUAUCUGAAAGCUGUCACUUUGCAGAAGCAAUGGGUGCCAUUCCAACGCUACAAUGGUGGAGUUGGUAGAUGUGCCCAGGCCAAACAGUGGGGCUGGACACAGAGUCGCUGGCCCAAAAAGAGUGCUGAAUUUUUACUGCACAUGCUUAAAAAUGCAGAGAGUAAUGCUGAACUUAAGGGUUUAAAUGUAGAUUCUCUGGUCACUGAGCACAUCCAGGUGAACAAAGCCUCCAAAAUGCGGCAUAGAACUUACAGGGCUCAUGGUCGGAUUAACCCAUACAUAAGCUCUCCCUGCCACAUUGAGAUGAUCCUUACUGAAAAAGAGCAGAUUGUUCCUAAACCAGAAGAGGAAGUUGCACAGAAGAAAAAUAUAUGGCAGAAGAAACUGAAGAAACAAAAACUUAUGGCCAAGAGUAAAUUAUGCAACAAAUAA